AUGCCUCCAGCCACCGAACUAUUCCGACCAUACCUUGCGAGACACGCAAAUCUUAGGGGCAUUGGCGACGACAGACCAACUGCUCUAGAGAUUGUAAAAGACCUGGGCGCUGAGGGAAAACUUAAUGACGUUGUCAUUCUUAUCACUGGAUGUUCUGCUGGCCUCGGAGUUCAAACUGCCAAAGCACUGUACCUGACUGGUGCUAAGCUGUAUCUGACUGUCCGAAAUGUCGAGAAAGGAGAAGCAGCCAUCAAGGCUAUCACAAAGGAUGCACCAGAUGGGCAACCCAUCGAGCUUCUGAGCAUGGAUCUAGGCGAUCUAGAGAGUGUACGGUCGGCGGCUGCUGAGUUCAGGUCCAGAAGCAACAAGCUCAAUGUUUUGAUCAACAAUGCAGGUGUUAUGGCAGCGCCGCAAGGAAAGACGAUUAGUGGCUUCGAGACGCACAUGGGAAGCAACCACUUUGGCCAUUUCCUGCUGUUUGAGCUCCUGAAGCCCGUUUUGUUGGCAUCGGCCUCGCCACAGCGAAAAUCUCGAGUCAUCAACUUGUCAAGCAGCGGUCAUUUGAUCAGCCCUGUCCGCUUCGACGACAUGGACUUCGCGAAAGAAGGGAGCUACAACCCUUAUGCUGCUUACGGACAAAGCAAGACAGCAAACAUCUACAUGGCCAAUUAUAUCGACAGGGCUUAUGGAAACCAAGGAAUUCGUGCUAUUUCGGUCCACCCUGGUGUCAUUCUAUCAACAGAGCUUAUGCGACACCAGAAGGUUGAAGAUCUUCUGAGCAUUGGCGACCCUGAAUACUUCCAGAAGAUCGAGUGCAACGCGGAACAAGGGGCUGCCACAACUGUAUGGGCUGCUCUAAGCCCUCGUUUUGAGACUCAUGGUGGUGUAUAUCUAGCCGAGGUGGGCGAGGCCCCUGCUCUUGCAGAGGACGAGGGUAUUGGAAGAUGUGGUUAUGCUUCCUAUGCUUAUGAUGAAGCAGCUGAGGAUAGACUAUGGGAGAUCAGUCUUGGAGCAGUAGGCCUCAUACCAUAUGCCUAGCAGAGGAGGCUGAUCGAUGUGCAGUUUGUAUACACCGGAAGGCAUGACACUUCAGGGACUCAUAGAGGCGUUCACCAAGAGUGGCUGAUCCACGCACCUUCGGUCGAUGUUUUUUGCUUCUCGAUAACUUGCCGAACAGUGAAUCAGUUCGAAACCUCACUCUC